CUCCCGCCCGCCCGGCGGCCCGCAGGGGGCGCGUUCCCCCCCCGCCUCGCCGCAGUGGUAGCGCCCGGCGGCCCGUGCAGGAGCGCGGCGGAGUCGCCACGCAGCCCUGCCGAGAUGAUCAUCCCCGUGCGGUGCUUCACCUGCGGCAAGAUCGUUGGAAACAAGUGGGAAGCCUACCUUGGGCUGCUGCAAGCAGAGUACACGGAAGGGGAUGCCCUGGAUGCCCUUGGGCUGAAGAGGUACUGCUGCAGGAGGAUGCUGCUGGCCCACGUGGACCUGAUUGAGAAGCUCCUGAAUUAUGCCCCCUUGGAGAAGUGAGAGCAGGCAAACCCCUUCUCCCCCUGCUGCAAGCCAUGAGGAACAUCUCCCCUUCUGACCUUGGGGCUGGGGGCAGUGAAGGAUGGAGAGGCCAUGGGGAGAUGCUUCCCCCUGGGAGGCACCACCACCCCCCCCCGAGCCACCAGCGCUCCCUAGGAGGACACCAAGCAGGCCUCAAGUCCCUGUCAGCAGCACUUGGAGCUGAGAAGUUGGGCUGCUGCUUUGAAGACCUCCCUUCAGAGCUGCACUGUGGCCUUCCCCAUCCUUCUGCCAGCAAGGGCAAAUGUUUCUUGGUGUAGGGAAGUUAGGAGAUCCCCUGACAGUGGUGAAAUAAAGGAGCU